AUGCACCAGGGCUGGCGGACACUGGACCUGCACCGGCUGGCUCGCGAGCCGCCGCAGUCCUGGCCCUACUUCGUGAAGAGCGCCCUGGCCAACUUCCGCUACGUCCGCACCGCCAACAGCAACGCGACCCGCAUGCGCCUCCGCCUCUUCACUCCGCCGUUCGGCCCUGUGCUCUCCUCGAGGCACUACGCCUGGUGGAAGGUGCGCGUGCUCCAGUUCAUAGAGGAGCAGCACCGCAGCAGGAGCAGAGGCGGAGGUGCCAGCGCAGCGCAGCAGCAGCGCCGCGACGGCUGCGCGUGGGCGCUGCUGCUCGACGCGGACGCGUUCGUCCGCGCGCCGGCAGGUACCGACCUGCUGCGCCGGCUGAUGCCGCUCCAGCUGACGGCGCAGCAGCCCGACCCGCAGACCCUCGCCUCGGGCGCCGCCUUUGCGGCGCGCCUGCAGAGCCUCGCGCCCGCUGCAGACUUGUCUUUUUUACGAUUUACCUUCUCUACGCAGCUCAACACGGGAGUCAUGUUCGCGAACCUCAACCACCCGGGCCUGGCGCCGCUGCUACGCGCCUGGUGGGCGAGUCCCUUCAACGGCACGUGGGUGCGGCAUGCGUGGGCGGGCGGCGCGUCCAAGGAGAAUGAGGCCUUCGGCGCGCUGACGGAGCGCUUGGGCUUGCCGGACGGCGGGGCGGCGGCGGAGGCGGCGGGGUCGGGGGCGGAGGCGGCGCGCCUGGAGAGGCUGCGAGAGCUGCGCGGGUGCAUCUCCCGGGCAGCCUGGGUGAAUGGUGUGCUCACCGCUAACAGUUAG